GAGCCGAAGGAGGCAGUGGGAGGUGUUGGCGGCGGCGGCGGCGCGGGCGCCUGAGGAGGAGGAGGAGGAGAAGCGGGUGAGGGGCGGCGCGGGGCCCGAUCUCUGAGCCCCUUCACGGCCCCAGCCCCGCGCCGCCUUGGCUCCCCAGUCGCCCCCUGCCCCGACUGCCCCCCAACCCGCCCGGCCCCUCCUCCUGUGCAGGCGCCCACGUCUCCCGGCCCCUCGCCGGGCCUCGGGCUCCGCGGCACUGCAGCCUCCUUCCUGUGCUUCCUCACCCGGGCCCUGACCCCCUUCUUACGUCCACGGCCCUCCCUGCAUCCUCAGGGCCUCUCCCUGACCUCCUGUCACUCUCCAGGCCUCUCCCUGCACCCCCAGACCUCCUCCUGCACCCCCCAGGGCCUUUCCCUGACCUCACCCCCCAGGCCUCUCCCUGCACCCCCAGGCCUCUCCCUGCACCCUCAGGGCCUCUCCCUGACCCCUCUGUCACCCCCGGGCCCUCCCUGCACUCCCACGGUCAAUCCCCGACCUCCUCUCACCCUCCAGGCCUCCUCCUGAACCCUCUAGGUCUCUCUGUGCCCUAGAACCUCUCCCUGACCCCUCUGUCCCUCUUCUGGCUCUCCCUGGACCCUGAGGUCGGCCUCUGACCCUGCAGGUCCCUUGCCCUGGGCUCUCACCGCCUACCCAGGCGCCUCCCUGGGCCCCCAGGCCCUUCCCUAGGGUCUCCCUUUCCUGGAUCCCCCAGGACGCCACCAAGCCCCGUCUGGAUCCCUGGGCCCCUGUCCGCCUUCCGAGGCCCUUCACUCACUGGACACCCAGGAUCUUCUCCGCCAUCCCUGGACCGCCCCCCAACCCAGCCUCGCAGUCUGUCCCCGACCCCUCUACAGCCGUCUCUGCAGCUCCCGCUCCUUGCCCUGCCCCAUCUCCUCCUCUCCUGGGCGCAGAUGAGCCUGGGGCGCCCUGGUGCGGGGACGAGGCUGGCCCUCCGUCCAGAUGAGAUGAGCGGCCCCCAUGGCUUUUGAGUAGUGCAGGAGUGGAGUCAGCACCGAGCCAGGCUCCCCGCGCCUGCCUUGCCCUCACCUGCUCCUGCGCUCCGCCAGAGGCAGCAUGGUCCGCAGGGCACCAUGGGGCCCGACAGAGUGACAGCACGAGAGCUGUGCGAGAACGACGACCUGGCCACCAGCCUCGUCCUGGACCCCUACCUCGGUUUCCGCACCCAUAAGAUGAACGUCAGCCCUGUGCCCCCCCUGCGGCGACAGCAGCACCUGCGCUCAGCGCUGGAAACUUUCCUGAGGCAGCGGGACCUGGAGGCUGCGUACCGGGCCCUGACGCUGGGAGGCUGGACGGCCCGCUACUUCCAGAGCCGGGCCCCCCGGCAGGAGGCUGCCCUCAAGACCCACGUCUAUCGCUACCUCCGUGCCUUCCUGCCGGAAAGUGGCUUUACCAUCCUGCCCUGCACGCGCUACUCCAUGGAGACCAACGGGGCCAAGAUCGUGUCCACUCGUGCUUGGAAAAAGAAUGAGAAGCUGGAGCUGCUGGUGGGCUGCAUUGCAGAGCUGCGGGAGGCAGAUGAGGGGCUGCUGAGGGCCGGUGAGAACGACUUCAGCAUCAUGUACUCAACCCGCAAGCGGAGUGCUCAGCUGUGGCUGGGCCCAGCCGCCUUCAUCAACCAUGACUGCAAACCCAACUGCAAGUUUGUGCCUGCAGACGGGAACGCGGCCUGCGUGAAGGUGCUGCGGGACAUCGAGCCCGGGGACGAGGUGACGUGCUUCUACGGAGAGGGCUUCUUCGGCGAGAAGAACGAGCACUGUGAAUGCCACACCUGUGAGAGGAAAGGUGAAGGAGCUUUCCGAACCAGGCCUAGGGAGCCUGCGUUGCCACCACGGUCCCUGGACAAGUACCAGCUACGUGAGACCAAGCGGCGGCUACAGCAAGGCCUGGACAGCGGCAGCCGACAGGGCCUGCUGGGCCCUCGGGCCUGCGUGCACCCGUCCCCACUGCGCCAGGACCCGUUCUGCGCCGCCUGCCAGCCCCUGCGCCUGCCAGCCUGCAGUGCCCGCCCAGACACCUCACCCCUCUGGCUCCAGUGGCUGCCUCAGCCCCAGCCCCGAGUGCGGCCCCGGAAGCGCCGACGCCCCCGGCCCCGGAGGGCCCCAGUGCUAUCCACCCACCACGCCGCCCGCGUCUCCCUGCACCGAUGGGGAGGCUGUGGCCCCCACUGCCGCCUGCGAGGAGAGGCCCUGGUGGCCCUGGGCCAGCCCCCCCAUGCCCGCUGGGCCCCCCAGCAGGACUGGCACUGGGCCCGGCGCUAUGGGCUGCCUUACGUGGUGCGUGUGGACCUUCGUCGCCUGGCCCCAGCCCCACCAGCCACCCCAGCCCCUGCUGGGACCCCAGGCCCCAUCCUGAUCCCGAAGCAGGCCCUCGCCUUCGCCCCCUUCUCCCCACCCAAGCGCCUACGGCUGGUGGUCAGCCACGGCUCCAUCGACCUGGAUGUCGACGGUGAAGAGCUGUGACAGGCCGGACGGGGAGGCCCAGCAGGGAGAGAGGGUCUCUCUCCUAGCUACUCCCCAGGACCUCCAGAAGGAGUCCUUGGACCUCUGGGAGGGAGCUGACCCUUGACUCCAGCAUAGCUCUGACCCUGGAAUGGGGUUGGUGUGGACACCCCCAGGGAUCUGACCCCUGACCCUUUGUGACUGCUGACCCCUGAGCCACCCCCACUCCCACAGGGAGCCCUGGCCAUUUGUUGCCCUCCCCACCCCUGCCCCAGCCUCAGGACUGCAGGAGCUAUCCGCCUCCCUCAGCCCCUUCCUCACCAGGGAGCAAAGCCAUAAGGGGCAGGGGCCACCCCACGGCAUCUCCCCAGAAGUACAGGCCUCAGGAGGAGGUGGAACUGAUGUAGGGGUGGCACUCCCCAGAGACUGCCCUCACGAGGGGACUGGGUUCGCUCUCCGCUCCGCAGCUGUUUGUGGUGGGGGAAGGUUGGGGGGUGUCUGGGGGCAUGUUCCCCUCACCACCCCCCGUGGGUCUCAGGGAGGCCGGGUGCGACCUCAUCUUUCUCAUGGUGCUAUCCUGGUGCUAUUGGGGUGGGGAGCUCCCUCCCCUCCCCCACACCAGAAAGGGGUAUGUUGGGGGAUUGGAAGCACUUGAACUUUUUAUUUUAUUAAAACCUUGUUAUAAGCAGCA